ACCAUGGUAGGGGAAGUUGUGUAGUGCGCGAGUUCCACGCGCAUUUUUAAUUUCCUUUGGGUCUUCGUCUUAGGAAAAGUUUAAGAAUGGAAAGAAAGAACAAGAGGAAGAAUGCAUCGAGCACUGCCGCAGCUGGUAGCAGCUCGGAAGCCGCGAUGAGUGAGGCAAUUGAACCUUCAAGCAGUGCUAUCAGGGCCAUUGAAAAAAAGCCACCCCUGCCAUUGGAUUCUUCCAGCACUCAACAAGUAAAGCAGGAUGUGAACAAAAUAUCCCAAUCUAUGCUGAUCAAGCUUUAUAACUUUUGUACUCGUCGACCAAAGGCAAAUGAGGAAUUGAGUGUCGUGGUUAGUAUGUUCGGCGUUCACUUAAACCGCAGGGAUACCUAUACAAUGAAACCAAAAGGAUGCGUCAGUAAUAUGGUGAUUUUAGCUGCUGGAAAGAUAAUUAUGGAAGAGGAGAAGGAAACAAAUGGGACUGUCACUCGUCAUAUAUUUAGCCCACAAUUUAUGAAUAAGGUAAAAUGUGACUUAAAUCUUUCUAAUGAAGAUAGCCACAAGACUUGGUGUAUUGAUGAUGUAUCUGUAUUCAUCUUGCCGAGUAAACUGGGUUAUGAAGUCUAUCAGUGCAAACUGAUCUUUGCACCAACUUUGUUUGAAGAGCAUUGGUCUUGUUAUGUACUCGAGCCCAAGGACAAAACCCUGUAUGUGUUAGACUCGAUGCGUGAUACACUCUCAACUAGCAAGAAGAACUUGGAUGAUGCAACGAAACGUCGUUUUGAGGAGCUGCUGGUAUUAAUGAGUCCUGGUUCGACCAAAGAGAAUGUAUCAAUAACACUGGUUUACGCUGAUGUUCCUAGGCAGAAAAACAUUCAUGAUUGUGGCAUCUAUGUGCUGAAAUACAUGGAAAUUUGGGAUGGAUCGGUAAAAUGGCAAGACAAAACCAUGCCUGAUUAUCAAUAUAAAGAAAUCGCGCAGUUUCGGCAAAGCCUUUUGUGUGGAUGGGUUCAACAUCCUAAAAAUGAGGUCAGAGAAAAGAUUUUGGAGGCAGCAGGAGUGUGGGGAAAAUUAAGCUGAUUGAAAUUGACCAUCAAGCAACCGUGUCUAAGAGAUUUCUCUAAUAAAUCUUGGUUAAUUUUUCUUUUAAACUAAAUAAAGUUUUAUUUUUACACAUUCGAGAUGCUUAAGAAAAUUGAUUCCUCUUGGUAGAGCUGUCUGAUGCUGUUAUAGUAAGUUGUGAUCAGUUAUUGCAAACAACUGGGAUUGUAUUGAAAAUUUUUACUGACCUAGAGAUCAACAUAAAUUUUACCAUGUUAUGUAAUAAUGUGAAUUUUAUUAUCAAU